CACGUGAACGCAGCGUCAGUUGUGCCGCUGUGUCUGAGGCUGAAAGACGGAUGGUCAGUCAUGGCCGUGUAACUUAACUCACCCCCCGGUUAUAGCGCUAAGACGGGCAACGCGUUAAUUUAGCUUUAGCUAGUUGUAAAAACCUUUAUUUUUUUAAAUAAUGGAGGACGACUGUGUUUGUGACUACGACUCGACGUGGGACACAGAGAGUGAUGGAGACGAGCCGGCCGGAGAGAGCCAACCCCGUCGGUCAAGUCAAGACAAAAACAAAUCUGGUUGGGCUUUAUGGCACCACACGCCCAGAAACAUGAGGGCAGCAAAGGACAUGCAGAACUACAGGAGAGGAUACCCAAAUCUAACGGAUGAGGAGUGCCCCGAGGACAAAAUGAACAAUCUGCAGUUUUAUCUCAAUAAAUUUCCCUCCGCUCCAGAUGACGUCUACAUCGAAUCGUUUCUUAAAGAAUGGAAGAACGACUACAAAAGGCUGGAGAGGGUUCACUCGUACAUUCAGUGGUUGUUUCCUCUGCGAGAGCCAGGAGUUAAUUACAUGGCAUCGGAGCUCACCAAGAACGAAAUUGAGGCCUUCAAGAAGAACGAGGACGCCAAACGGAGACUAGUCGAGGCCUAUGAACUCAUGUUGGGUUUCUAUGGGAUCCGGUUGGUCAACAAAGACACGGGUGAAGUGAAACGUGCAGAAAAUUGGAAGGAGCGCUUUGGAAACUUGGAGCGGAAUAUGCACAACAACCUGCGGAUCACUCGCAUCCUUAAAAGCCUCGGAGAGCUGGGCUUUGACCACUACCAGGCCCCGCUGGUGCGCUUCUUUCUGGAGGAGACUCUGGUGAAGAAGACCCUCAGCAGCGUUAAACGCAGCGUGCUCGACUACUUCCUGUUUGCCGUGCGGGACAAGCUGAAGCGCCAGGACCUGGUGCGCUUUGCUUACCUUCACUUUGAGCCAAAGGAUAAGUUUGUGUGGUGCCCUAGAAAGAUUCAGAAACAGUUUAGAAAGGCAGAGAAAAGACUUGAUGGUGUUGGGAGUGGAGAUGGAAAGGAGGAAGUCUAUUCACGGGGUAAAAGCAAAGACGGAGAAGCUGCAGCGCAACAGAAAGAAGAAGGACUUGAUAAUAAUAAGGCUCAGAAAGGAACUGAUAAGACGAGUAAGGACAACAGCAAAGCGGAGUCUUCCCCUGAGCCAAAGCCAGAGAGUGACGCUGUUGGAAAUGGAAACGCCUCCGGCUCCGAUGAAAACAUUUUGGGGAAUGGAAAUGACUCUUCAGACGAUGUUGAUGACAUGGAUCAUUCGAGUCCCGUGACGGUAAAGACAGAUCCCGUUGACGAUGAGGAGAAGGUUACAGAGGACUCGACCCAGGAAGCGGACAACGACAUGCACACCGAUGAGGACAUAGCAGCUGAAAAACCACCGAAGAAGAAGAGAGAAGAUAGCAAGGUGCUGCCAACCAACGGUUCCGCCGGGGACUCAGCUAGUGGCCACACGGAGGAAAAAGCUGGUGCUAAUAAAGGCUCUGGCCAAACGAGCCCUUCGGUGCAAACUCUUUCAAAGACUUCGAAGCACUCACCGACCCUGUCCUCGGAGCGAGAGGAGAAAAUCCCAAGGACUGAUUUCAAUCUAGUGCCAGAUAGGAAGGAAGAGGAAGAAACGUCGCAGGAGAAAACGUCGGCAACGAAUGGGUCACUGAUGGAAACCAACCAAGGUGCAGACGAACAGACGAAUGGGAAGGACUCUGAGGACAUAGCCAAGGAACUAAUCUCGAGCUCAGAUCAAAUCAUGGGCAACUCAUGAACGAAGCGAACGCGCGGAGAAAAACAAACGUAUUAACUUAAAUGUAACAUAGGGACAGAGUAUUACUUUAAAAGACUUUCUAGGCCUUAUUUCUACUAUAUUUGAUGUUAAAAUAUUGAUUUUCUUUUCACUUUGAAGGAUUAAUUCACCAAAUGUGGGACUGGAGGUCAGACAAUAUUAAAGGACCAGGUUCGUUAUGUUCUGUAUUUUUAUUUUAAUUGUUAAGUUAAUCCAAAAAAAAAAAAAAAAAGCAAUAUUGUUUUAGCCCGACUCGUCUCUCAUGAGUUUAAUAACUUCCUUGUUGGUUUUGGUCUUUUCAUUGGAUUUGGAGACAAUAAUAAAAAUAUAGAAUAUUACCAGACUUGUCCUCAGAGGUGGUAAUAACAAAGACUGUCGGCAGCAGAUAUUUAAUAUCUCCACAUGUUACAUGAAGCACUAUUAUUAAUGUAUAUGAAUUAAAUGAAGGUCUCUGCAUUUUUAACACCUUAGUACUUUUUUUUUUUUUUUUUUUGCACUGAGAAACCAUUAACGGGAGGUGCUUUUUCCCCCUCUGAGCUGUUUCUGGUUUGUGUUUCUGCUGGACAUGUAAUGUAAUGGAGACUGAAUGUCGUUUUAAGUUAUAUUUCAAUAAAGUUGCACAGUCUGUAUGUUUCCAUGCAGACGUGGGACGUAGAAUUUUGAGCGACUGAAAGCCUUGCCAAAAAAAGAAGAAAAAAAAAUGUGAUGACUGGUUGAUUGUAUGUCUUCAUGGUAGAGUUGCUAAAGCUUCGGCUGUAAUUUAAGAUCCACCGUUGACUUCAUUUGAAAUGGGUUCAGUCCAUGGAAAUUUACAAGCCAGGGUGAUUACGUUGAUGCAUCUUUUUAUAUUUGCACUUAAUUUUCACUAUUAAUUGUUGAAGGUUACUGUAUAAAUGAAAUGGUAAUAACUUUAUAAAUGACAUUUUUUCCCCCCCUAACUAAAUACCUGGCUGUUAAUAAAGUUAUGCUAUUUUCUGA